ACCACUAACAUAUGCCCUACAGCGGCUGACACUUUAGCAGGAAGGCGAGAAGGAAAAAAAAAAAAAGUUGGGUAAGAGUAAUAAUUCUAGUAUCAUACGGGCCUACCCUGGUAGAUCAAUUACCCAUCUGAGCCUAAUUUUUCUUUUCUUUUCUUUUUUUGGUGGGAAAAUCUGUUUUCUCUCCUUUUCUCACUCUUGGCUUCAUUGGGUCCCGCUGUCCCUAUAUUUCCUAAUUCUCGAUUUUAGCUUUUGACAUUAUAAACUUCAGCCGGGUUUGGGUUUUUUUUCUUAAACCCUUUCCUUUCCUUUUCUCUUUUUACUCACCACUUUUAUUGUUCAUCGUUUCCUCUCAAUCUUCUUCUCGAAGAUCUUGACGUCCUGGCUACUCCAAUUUUUGUGUCUCAAGUCAGACAUUAUGGCCGCCAACUCUAUAAAGCUCUUGACGGGCAAUAGCCAUCCUACUCUGGCUCGGAAAGUUGCGGACAGACUCGGAAUAGACCUCACCAAAGUUCUGGUCGUGCAAUACUCGAAUCAAGAAACCUCCGUCACAAUUGGCGAAUCUGUUCGAGACGAAGAUGUUUUCAUUAUCCAAUCCGCAGCGCCGGGUGAGGUGAACGACGGGCUCAUGGAGCUCCUAAUCAUGAUAAAUGCUUGCAAAACAGCCAGUGCCCGGCGGAUUACAGCCAUGAUACCAAACUUCCCAUACGCAAGGCAGGACAAGAAGGACAAGUCACGGGCGCCCAUUUCGGCGAAGUUGAUCGCAAACAUGUUACAAACCGCGGGUUGCAAUCACAUUCAAGGAUUCUUUAAUGUCCCGGUUGACAAUCUUUACGCCGAACCUUCCAUGCUACAAUACAUUCGCGAGAACUUCGAUUACCGCAAUGCCGUCAUAGUUUCUCCGGAUGCUGGCGGGGCGAAGAGAGCGACCGCAAUUGCGGACCGCCUAGACCUAAAUUUUGCAUUAAUCCACAAGGAGCGCUCCCGACCAAACGAAGUAAGCAAAAUGGUCUUGGUUGGUGACGUCCAGAGCAAGAUUGCAAUUCUCGUAGACGACAUGGCAGAUACGUGCGGCACGCUCGUGAAGGCUGCGCAAACGCUCAAGAAGCACGGCGCCCAGGAAGUCGUUGCAAUCGUCACUCACGGCAUCCUAUCGGGGAAUGCGAUCGACAGUAUCAACAAGAGUGAACUGGGCAGGGUAGUGGUUACAAAUACCGUUCCACAUGGCGAGAAGAAGAAACGGUGCCCAAGACUUCACACUAUUGAUAUUGCUCCCACGCUCGCCGAGGCGUGCAGAAGGACUCAUAACGGUGAAAGUGUUUCUUUCCUCUUCAGCCACGCACCGACCUAGGUGUGCUCCCCUAAAUGAAAAAAUGAAAAAAAAAACAGUGAAAAAAAA